AUGUGACCAGCCCGAGACAACGCAUCAGGUGCGAGUAGCCUGCAGGUUCCCGCUGAUUUGGCGCUGAGCACUUCGGCAAGACUGCCCUUCCUGCCCGACCCACUGGCCCACCGGCCCCCAAGCGCCCCUCCGACGGAGUCCCCAGGCCUUUUCACCGUGGCCGCUCCAGCCCCGGGAGCGCCUUCUCCUCCCGCCACCCUGGCGCACCUUCUUCCCGCCCAGGCCAUGUACAGCCUGCUGGAGACUGAACUCAAGAACCCCGCGGGGCCACCCACCCCAGCUGCAGGCGCGGGCGGCCCCGCAGCCCCGGGCGGUGCAGGCAAGAGUACCGCGAACGCAGGCGGCGGCGCGAACGCAGGCGGCGGCAGCGGCGGUGGCGCGAGCGGCGGCGGCGGCGGCGCCGGCGGCGGGGGCAGUGACCAGGACCGGGUGAAGCGGCCCAUGAACGCCUUCAUGGUGUGGUCCCGCGGGCAGCGGCGCAAGAUGGCUCUGGAGAACCCCAAGAUGCACAACUCUGAGAUCAGCAAGCGCUUGGGCGCCGACUGGAAACUGCUGACCGAUGCCGAGAAGCGGCCGUUCAUCGACGAGGCCAAGCGGCUGCGCGCCGUGCACAUGAAAGAAUACCCGGACUACAAGUACCGGCCGCGCCGCAAGACCAAGACGCUGCUCAAGAAGGACAAGUACUCCCUGCCCGGCGGCCUGCUGCCCCCCGGAGCCGCGGCCGCCGCCGCCGCCGCUGCCGCCGCCGCCGCCGCUAGCAGCCCGGUGGGCGUGGGCCAGCGCCUGGACACGUACACACACGUGAACGGCUGGGCCAACGGCGCGUACUCGCUGGUGCAGGAGCAGCUGGGCUACGCGCAGCCCGCGACCAUGAGCAGCCCGCCGCCGCCGCCCGCGCUGCCGCAGAUGCACCGCUACGACAUGGCCGGCCUGCAGUACAGCCCCAUGAUGCCGCCCGGCGCCCAGAGCUACAUGAACGCCGCCGCCGCCGCGGCUGCCGCCUCGGGCUACGGGGGCAUGGCGCCCUCCGCCGCCGCCGCCGCCGCCGCCGCCUACGGGCAGCAGCCAGCCACCGCCGCCGCCGCCGCGGCCGCCGCCGCCAUGAGCCUGGGCCCCAUGGGCACGGUGGUGAAGACCGAGCCCAGCUCGCCGCCGCCCGCCAUCGCGUCGCACUCGCAGCGCGCGUGCCUCGGCGACCUGCGCGACAUGAUCAGCAUGUACCUGCCGCCCGGCGGGGACGCGGCUGACGCCGCCUCGCCGCUGCCGGGCGGCCGCCUGCACAGCGUGCACCAGCACUACCAGGGCGCCGGGACUGCCGUCAACGGAACGGUGCCGCUGACCCACAUCUGA